UGGAUGUCUACUCCCUGCAUUAAGAAUAUAUAAAGUGCACUGUGCAUACUACAGCCCCUGGCAUAAAGUGAUGCUUAAUAAACAUUAGCUUAAUUAUCCUGUGACUGUAAUGCAUUAAGAUUUUUUCCAUUCCCAGAACACCACUGGCCUCUUUAGGCCUCAGCGUCUUCAGUCAACUAAUGCUCCAAUAAACAUCAACAAGUCAUCUUUCUAAACUAAUGGCAGCCCCUGUGGGAAGGAUGGGGACUAAGGGUGAAGUUGUAAUCAAGGUCCUUCACAUUUAGGAAAAACCUGCCUAUACCACCACCACCUUUGUUCUCCUCAGUACUCCUUAUGUACCAGCUACCCUACCUGAAUAUAUUUCAGAGACAUUGAUCUGUAUAUUCAACUUUUCUUAUGCUACUUCCUUUCUCUUUUCAUUAAUUUUAUGAUAAACUUCUCGAUUUCAAGUUUAAGUAUCACCUUAUUCAGCUUUCCCACACAGAAAUAAUAAUUUCCUCUGUUUGUUCAUAAUCCCCAUUUGCAAUUAAAGUGCAUACAAUAAUGUCUCUUAUUCUGAUUACUUGGAGAUAUUGUCUGGCUGUCAUUCAUUAGAGUACAGUCCACCUCCUUUCAUAUUUGCAUGUUUGUUAUUUACAUGUUCGAAGAAGGAGAUUACGGAAUAUGCCAAAAGCUCCUGGUGACAUCGCAAAGAACGUUGGAGAUUUUAUCUUCUACCUCUGUGAAUAGGAGGUGAGGUUCUGGAAGUUCUCCCCAGCUAUGCCUACUGUAAACUACAGUGGCACUAGCCACACAGUCUUCCGCUUGCUGGGCAUCCCUGGCCUAGAGGACCAGCACAUGUGGAUUUCUGUGCCCUUCUUCAUUGCCUAUGUCACCGCCCUUCUUGGGAACAGCCUGCUUAUCUUCAUUAUCCUCACAAAGCUCAGCCUCCAUGAACCCAUGUACCUCUUCCUCUGUAUGCUGGCCGGAGCAGACAUUGUCCUCUCCACAUCCACCAUUCCUCAGGCCUUAGCCAUCUUCUGGUUCCAUGCUGGGGACAUCUCCCUGGAUUGUUGCAUCACUCAGCUCUUCUUUGUCCAUUCCACCUUCAUCUCUGAGUCAGGGAUCUUGCUGGUAAUGGCAUUUGACCGCUACAUUGCCAUAUGCUACCCACUGAGGUACACCACCAUUCUUACAAAUGCUCUGAUUAAGAAAAUUGGUGUGACUGUCUUCCUGAGAAGUUAUGGUACAAUUUUCCCUAUCAUAUUUCUUUUAAAAAGAUUGACUUUCUGCUAGAAUAAUAUUAUUCCACACACCUUUUGUGAACACAUUGGCCUAGCCAAAUAUGCUUGUAAUGACAUUCAAAUAAACAUUUGGUAUGGGUUUUCCAACCUAAUGUCAACAGUGGUCUUAGAUGUUGUGCUAAUUUUUAUUUCCUAUAUGCUGAUUCUCCAUACUGUCUUCCACAUGCCUUCUCCAGAUGCUCGCCACAAAGCUCUCAACACAUGUGGCUCCCAUGUCUGCAUCAUCAUCCUCUUUUAUGGGCCUGGCAUCUUCACAAUCCUUACCCAGAGGUUUGAACGCCACAUUCCACCUCAUAUCCACAUCUCGGUGGCUAAUGUGUGCAUUCUGGCUCCACCUAUGCUGAAUCCCAUUAUUUAUGGGAUCAAGACCAAGCAAAUUCAGGAAGAGGUAGUUCAUUUUUUGUUUAUAAAAUAGAAAUAAGUUUAGUUUAAGAACUGAGUUUUCAGAAUCUCUAGCUAUCUGGUAAAUGGGUAUGGAAGUGGUAGAUGGGAGGGGCCAGCUGACACAGUAAGAAACAACUCAGUGAGUACCACGACUGGAGCAAGGUCAACUGGGAAGUUGCAGGGCUUACUCUUCCACUUUUUAAACAACCUAGGAGCAAUGCCAUGUUUGACUGAACAAAAUACCUCCUGCACAGAGCCUGGAAGAGAAUGGAUUGGUUUUUCAGAAGUCAUGUAUCCUUAAUGACAACAUUAUCAUAAUCUUUGGAAAUAGAGGAAGUGAGAACAGUGCUCUGGCCUUGGAAUUUGUUCAGCUAUCCUGUACUGAGUUUCUCAAGCUCUGAGAUAUGUUGUAUUCCUUUACGAUCACAUACAAACCGCCAUUCUUUUUUGUCCUUCAUUCUAGCAAAGUGACAUUCUUAGAAUCAGUGAUUCCUAGGUUUUCCAUUUAUUUCCAUUAUGUUAUAGUUUAUAUCCUAUGAACAUGAAUGUCUAUGAUAAAGGAUUGCAAAUAAAUUGUGUGAUUCAUAUUUUGCAGAACAA